AUGUCCGGCCUCGACACCCACCUCACCAUCGACACUGGUCCACCCACAGCAGCAUCGGCAUCGGUGGCCAGCUCAUCCCGCCCCUCCCCCGUCUCGGGACUAACCACCUUCCCCAACCCAUUCGCAGACGAGCCCGAGCCGGGCCUCCUCCCUUCCAUCCUCUCAAAGGUCAAGUCAACAUUCUCCUCCUCAGCCUCCGUCCCCGCCGUCCCGGCCGCCAAGGCAAUCGACAAGGACAAGGCGGCAGUAGCAGCAGCAGCAACGGCCGCGGCGUCCGUCUCCACCACGACCGACGGCAGCAAUGGCGGAGGACCACCCGUGCAGACCGAGGCUCAAGCCAUCGCCGAGGCUGCACGCAAGCAAGCGUACGCGCACGCACAAGCAGCAGCCAGCGCCGCUGCCGCUCAGGCCGCCCACACACAAUCAUCCCAGACCGCACCGCAGCUCACAGGGAAACGCGGUGUUGGGGGCUCGCAACUGUCCAUCACCGCCCCUUCCGGUGAAGUGUCGCCCUCCCCGCUGCUCUCCCCGACCAUGGCGCCCCCUGCGCUCCCUGUGCCGUCGCGGCCCUCACAGACGUCCAUGUCCGCCAACACGCCGCCCACGGCCGCUUCGUCCCAAGCUCCCUCGGUGUCGUCCUUGUCCAGCGCUCCCGGCGGCCAGCCCGUGGCCCGGCGACACUUGGUCCCUGGCGAACGGAACUGGCGCCCCGCCGGUGCCGCCCCGGCCCAGGUGACUGUGUCGCCCGUCACGAGUAUGACGACGACCGUGCCGAGCAGGGCCGAGGGCGAGGCGAGCGGCGGCGGAGGCAGCGGCGCGGGUACCAUGGGCCCACCGCCACCCCUGCGUCUUUCGGCGCACCACGGCCACGGUCAUGGCCAUGGCCACGCGUCCGUCCCGUCCAUCUCUAUUGACGUCCCGUCUGUCCCCAUGUCCGCCACGGGCUCGAUCUCGCGGGGCAAGAACAUUAGCGGUCGCCUGAGGCGAGGCUCGAUCGGCACCCUCCCAGACUCGCCCUCGAGCGUCUCGCUGUCGGCCAUGAUCUCCGCAAGUGCAGAGCUGAGCCAAAACAACUUUUCGUUUGUCCCGGGAUUUCAGCUGCCCGCAGAAGACACGCGCAGUGUGCGAAGUCUUGGGUUUACGAAGCGGCCUGGAAGUGUGAGCAAGAUCAUUCGCCGGAUGCGCGGCGAGGGUUUAAGCAAGCACUACUGGAUGGAGGACGACAACUGCAAGGAGUGCUAUGACUGCAAAUCAGUGUUCACAACAUGGCGGCGAAAGCACCAUUGUCGUAUCUGUGGCCAGAUCUUUUGCGGUCGAUGUGCGUCCAACAUUAUCGGUGCCCGCCGGUUCGGGCAGGACGGUAUGGUGCGCGUGUGCAACCUGUGUCUCAAGAUCAUGGAGGACUAUGACGACGAAGACGACCGCCGAUCCAUCAACUCGGCCAUGUCCAGUCUUCCGGAGCGAGUCAUCUCGCCCGAGAUGCAGUUUGCCGCGUCACCAUACGCCGCAAGCCAGCUGUUCACCCGCCACGGCAACGAGUCGCUCACCGCCAUUGACGAGUCGCAAGUGACACGGUACUGGAGUCGCGGUAACCGGGACCGUGAUCGUGACGACAUCCCAGAACGGCCAUUCACGCCCGAGGACCCAAGUGACAUUUCAGACAGCGAGGAGGGCCACAUAUGGCAGAGUACGCGACCCAGCGCUUGUGCUCCGUUCCGACGCAUGCACGGCGGCGACGACUCGGACGAGCAGCCUCAAAGUCUCGUUGCGUCUCAAACACCGAGUCCCGGGGCUGGUGCCGACGGCAGGGACAGGCGUGUGGGAUUCCCCAACGACAUGCCCCACGUCAUGUUUCCUCGUACAGACACAAUCGACUCUGACGACGGCCGCGCCAUGAACGAGUCGAUACACCAACAGUUGACGAUGGGUUUGCGCACUCGAAUCAGCUCGAUGGCGAGCCUACGCGGCCUGAACGCCUUGCUGGAUUCGGACAGGAAAGAUGGCCUGUGGCGUGCAAGGUCACACUCGUUUGCCACCAAGGACGAGAUCCUUGCUGCUCCUUCGCUCACCCAUUUCAGCAACAUGCUGCAGCAGUCCAUCGAGCGGGCCGAGAUUCCAAACCCCCCAACAUGGCACCGAGUGCUGAGCCGUCUCUUGCUCCGUGUCUCGACCAACUUGCGGCCCGUGGUGCGCGCUGGCGACUCGAUCGACGUUCGCACCUAUGUCAAGAUUAAAAAAGUGCCCGGCGGUAAGAUUAUCGAUUCCGAGUACGUUGACGGCAUCGUCAUCACCAAGAAUGUCGCGCACAAAGGCAUGGCCCGUCGACUCGUCAACCCGCGUAUCAUGGUCAUUACAUUCCCGCUCGACUACCACCGCGUCGAGACACAGUUCAUGUCGCUGGAUCCGAUCAUGAAGCAGGAGCGCGACUACCUCCGUCUCUUGACAAAGCGUAUCAUCGACCUCCGACCACACAUUGUGCUCGUUGAGCGGUUCGUCUCGCGCAUCGCACUCGAGUUUUUGCACGAGGCCAACAUUGUCGUUGCUCGCGGUGUCAAGUUCUCCGCCAUCCACCAAGUCGCGCGGUGUACACAUGCCGACAUUAUCGGUUCGAUGGACCGACUGGCCCUCGAGCCCCGUCUGGGUCGCUGCGCCGACUUUAGGGUACAGACGUUUGAGCACCAGCAGAUCCCUGGCCGGCGCAAGACGUACAUGCGGUUUGAGGGCACGCACAAUGGCUUUGGCGGCACGAUCAUCUUGCGCGGUGGCGACUUGGCGACGUUGACCAAAGUCAAGGUCAUUGCCGACUUCAUGGCCCUGGUCGCUUACCACCUCAAGAACGAGGCGCUACUCUACCGCGACGAGUUCCACAUGAUGCCCAUACAUCCACCAUUGCCUGAAGAGUAUGAGGAACUGCUGAAAACGCUGGCCGCUGGCGACUUUGACCCCAGCAACGCCUUUAGCAACAAGGACGACCCCGAGGACCAUUCGACUCCGAAUCCGUCCGAGAGCGACGUGGAGAAGGAGCAGGCUCAAUACGAUGCCCUCCGCCUCUCGAAGCAGAUUGCAGAGUCUCUCGAGCCGUACCUCACCACAGUGCUGUCCGCGUCGGUGGCUGUGCGCUUUCCGCCUCCAUACGCCCUCGCCAAGAUGGCUGCUUUGGACCGUACGCUCACGGAACUGCGCAUCAAGAGGGAUGAGUAUGAAGCCGAGCAGAUUCUGAAGGAGGAGAAGCGUGUCACCGCCCUCGCAGUAGCGGCAGCGGCGCCACCUCCCGUGUUUUCGCCAACACCAACACCUGUCCUUGCGCCGACGCCGACGCCGGCACCGCCACCACCCCUUCCUGCGGCUGCUCCAGCUCCAGCCCCAGCUCCAGUUGCCGCUCCAGUUGCCGCUCCAGUUGCCGCUCCAGCUCCAGCACCAGCUCCAGCACCAGCUCCAGCACCAGCUCCAGCUCCUGCUCCAGCCCCUGCUCCAGCCCCUGCUACAGCCGCUGCUCCAGUUGCCGCUCCAGCUCCAGUUGCCGCUCCAGCUCCAGCCCCUGCUCCAGUUCCUGCUGCAGCUCCUGCUGCUGCUGCUCCAGCUCCAGCUCCAGUUGCCGCUCCUGCUCCUGUUUCCGUCGCCGCUCCUGCCCCGGAGCAGCCCGUUAAGGUGGUCCUGGAGACCGAUACUGGCGAAAUGGUGACCCCACCGGCUGUCUCUCCUGUCCCCGACGUGGACGCCGCAGUGUCGUCUUCAACUUCCCAAGCCUCAGUUUCGCAGCCACCUACCCCAAGCCCCACUCCUCCACUUGGUCUCCCGCUCAUGCCAGCCCCGCCUCCACCGGCCGGCACGACCCAGGCUUCGGUUAUCCGUCCCAUGGCCGCACCAGCGCCUUUGCCGCCAAGUGCGCCCCCGAGCCAGCUACUUACGCUGCCCACGAAAGGUGCCAUCGGCGAUCCCUACCGCAUCCUGUUGAAGCCUGACGAAUAUACGGAAGCGAGCAAGCUCGCGUUUGUCGCCCACGACCAUGCGGAGCAGGUCAAGAUCUGGCAACACUACGUCAAGCGUCACCCUACACCCCUUCAUCCCAAAGACUACCAGGGCAUCAUCUACCUGCAGUCUCUUUACCGCCAGGGUCAGGAUAAGCCGUGUACCGAGCCCAUGCGUCACCAGAUCAACUUUUACCAGGAUGAUGACCAAACCCUGGGCCAGUUUCUCUCUGCCAUGGUCAGCAACGCUGCGCACCGGUGCCCGAACAAGGCCUGCGACCAGCUCAUGCUCUUUCACUACGAUGUGCUGGUCCACGCCGACCGCCGUCUCCAAGUUGUCAUGGAGCAGUUCAUGUGCCCUCUGCCAGGCCACGAGGAGCAGAUCGUCACCUGGUCCUACUGCCGACAGUGCAACCGCAGCUGGGACCCGAUCAUCAUCCACGAGGAGACGUGGCGCAUGUCCUGGGGAGCAUACCUCGAGCACUGCUUCUACCCGCCCAAGACGGUCACGGGAUUCGAGUGCACGCACGACGCGUACCGCGACCACAUUCGCUAUUUCGCCCACCUCAACAUGGUUAUUCGUAUCCACAAUGACGAGGUUGAGCUGUUUGAACCUGUCCGACCGUCGACGAAGCUCAUGGUGCGCGUCGAGGACAAAGUCCGACUCAAGAACCAAGAGUACGAGAGCGCGCUCCAGAAGACGGCCACGUUCUUCGAUUCCGUCCUCUUCCGCUUGAGAAGCUUUACAGACGACUUGGUCGACCCAGAAAAGCUGCCGCGGCUUCGUCAGGACCGCGAUAGCUUCCUCUCGCGCGCGGUGGGCGACAGAGACGAGAUUGUCAACAUGCUUAACAGGACGUACAAGCAGACCCCGGCGACAGAUGUGCUUUCCAUGAACGUGGUGCUCCAGGCCCUCCAGGACAAGGUCAUCCAGUGGGACACCGAGUUCCUCGAGGUCGAGAAGAUGUAUAUGCCCACGGAGAAGGAUUUGAGGAGAAUGACUGCAACGCACCUGAAGCGCCUGUUCCCGACCCAAGACCCCUUUGGCACCAUGGACAAGACAAUGGCCAACCUCUCUGUGCCCGAGGUGGAUGAGCGUGAAAAGUCCGAGGGCUCCACGGAAUCGAAGCUCCCAUCACCUACUCUCACCGAGAGCGUGGAGGCGACUCUGCAGCUUCCGGACAGCGGGCCAACGACCGACUCGCCCAUGUCGCUGGACGAGGCAGCUGCCAACCCUCUGGAUACUGCCGCUAUGCAGCUAGAGGGCAUCACUGCCUCGUACGACUCUAUCACGCCGACUCCUACCUUGGCCCGCAUUUCCAGCCCAUUCACCACGGCCGACGUCCCGCGCGAUUAUGACAGCGACUCGACCAUCUCGGCCAUCCCCGGCCGCUCCAUUCCCAAGACGUACACCGCCGCGGACCUUGCCUCCAGCGGCGUGGAUAGCGACACACAUGGGUUCGUCUCUCGCUUGCCCAGGCGUACCCGUCCAGCACCCAGUGUCGCCGAUCUCGUCAAACGCUUUCAAGAGUCUAUGGGCCAGACACCGCAGUUUGAGCCCAUCCCCAACCAGGACAUUCCGUCGUCCAUGGAACGUCCACGCUCCGCCGGAGGCACGACCCGUCGCGUUCGUCCAGAGCCGGACGUGUCGGACAGUGACGUGAAUGUCGGUGUGCUUCCUGUGCGGCCGAGACUUCGCGGCAGACGCGAGCAACCGUCCAAGUCCCGUAUGGAGCCACGAUCGACACUGUUAUCAGAGGGUGAACGCAGCUAUGCUGUCAACGCCGCCCGCGUUGUAUCGCAUACCGCACGCCGCUCCGCCACCGUCGACGCCUCGAGUAGUACCCGUGGCGGACGUAUCUCGCGUACGACCUCCCCUACACCGAGUCACAGGUCUCGUGAUGGCCUCUUAGCCGCGCCGUCGCCAUGCCUGCCGCUCACCAAGGCCGCGAGUCACGAGGGCAAGCCUCGUAUCGCAGGCAAGGGCCGCACUCCACGCAAGGCCACAGACGUGCUUGCUCCCCCAGGCCAGCCGUCCCCCGGCGGCGGUCUGAUCCGCGGCCUGCCCCGCCGUGUCAUUGGUGCUGGAUCACGCGUCACGUCCAUCGCUCGCCACUUUGACAAGAUUUCUCGUGAGGCCGAACGUGAUCGCCAAAAGCGUAUUUCCAUCGCUAGGGGCAAGCGUGCGGGCCGUGUUGGCGUCACAAAGGCCAAAGUCCAAGUCUUCAACAAUAUGCGCGAUGCGUUCAAGGACGAGUUUGACUCGGACUCGAGUGCAGCGGACAAUGAGGAGGAUGAAGGCGACGCGUCGGACGGAAGUGUCGAUUCAACGGGCCGUGCUCGGCCUAGGCGUAAAGUGUCGUCGCCAACCAAAGGUGCCUCUCCUCUCCCUCAGCCUAUCGAGGGUGCAGGUCCUUCAGAGUCGACGCACACCGAGACUCCUCCGCAGGCCUCGACUCCCGAAGACCAAGUGACUGCACCCACUGCCGGACCCAGUGGUGUCCUCAGCGACAGUGCCACAGACGGUGGCGGCACUGGCACCAGCACACGUAACAAGGACCGUCUACACAUUGAGCUCGCGCCAUUCGACACCAACGCUCCAUUGCCACCCAUGACGCCCCAGCCCCAGCAGCCCGCCACGACAGACACACAGGACGAAGGUGGUCCGCGCAAGGGUUUCAGCCAGUUGUCCCAGAUGAGCGAGAGCGAGAUGAGUUCUGGCGGCGGCGAGACCCGGUCUUCCAUCCUCAAGACCCUCACUGGCCUCUGGGCGUUCCGCGCUGGCGAUUUCACGCCGCUGGAGUACCCGCUCUCAGCGGCUGAACACAUUUUUGCAGACUCGCGUGUAAUUGUGCGUGAAAACGAGCCCACGUCCAUUAUCGCAUUCACCCUCAGCUCCAAGACGUACCGCGACCAAAUGCGCAGUGUCGCCGCUGCGGCCAAGGCCCGCCGACACGAGCCGUCCGGUCUUGAUGACCUGUCCAUGACCUCGGACCGCCAGUGGGACAUUAUCAGCAUUGACGAAGGUAUGGAGGCCGACGACCCGUCACGCCGCGAGGGCGAAGUGGGCACCCACCUGAAAUACGACUUUGAGACUGGUUCCAGCACCAUCUCGUGUCGCAUCUUCUUUGCCGAGCAGUUUGCUGCGCUCAGGCAGGCGUGCCAGUGCGAGGACAUAUUUGUCGAGUCGCUCGCCAGGUGUGCCAAGUUUGACGCCUCGGGCGGCAAGUCGGGUAGCGCCUUCCUCAAGACCAAGGACGACCGCUUCAUCGUCAAGGAAAUCUCGCGAUUCGAGAUGGACGCUCUCACCAAGUUCGCCCCGGCAUACUUCGAGUACACGUCCACUGCCCACCAGCGCGGCCGGCCGACCGCGUUGGCCAAGACGUACGGCUUUUUCAAGAUUGGAUACCGCAACGCCGUGACUGGACGCUCGAUGCACAUGAACGUGCUGGUGCAGGAGAACCUGUUCUAUUCGCGGACGUUUGCAAAGAUCUACGACCUCAAGGGCAGCACAAGGAACCGUCUCAUCAAGCCGACCGGCAAGGUCAACGAGGUGCUGCUCGACGAAAACCUCAUGGAGACGGCGUACACUGCGCCCCUCUACCUCCGCGACCACUCGAAGCGUAUCCUCCGGACCGCACUGUGGAACGACACGCUGUUCCUCUCCAACCUCAACGUCAUGGACUACUCCCUCGUUGUUGGCGUGGACACGGAGAACAACGAGCUGGUCGUCGGUGUCGUCGACUACAUCCGCACGUUUACGUGGGAUAAAAAGGUCGAGUCGUGGGUCAAGGAUUUGGGUGGUGGCGGCAGGGGCGAUCCAACAAUCGUGACCCCAUUGCAGUACCGGAAACGCUUCCGCACCGCCAUGGACAGGUACUACUUCCCCUCCGUCCCGGACAGGUGGGACGUGGCGGGCGCCGACGAGCCAGCCGCAGACGAGGAGGGCCCCACGCUGCUGGGCAUGUAG